AUGUUGGGCUCUAUGAAGGGUUAUAACAGGAAGCUAAAGCUCCCGGAUCACCAGAAUGGCCAAGUUUACUUGACAUCCCAUCGAAUCUGUUAUGUUGACAAGGCUAAGCCUAGAACAAAUUCUAUGGCAUUGGAUCUCAAGGACAUUGACCGAUAUGACUUCUAUGCCGGGUUUCUGAAGUCGUCACCCAAAAUCACCAUCUUUCCUAAGCCCUUGAAGCGCUCCUCGCUUCAUAAUCGAGCUUUAUCCAAUGCAGCACCUCCUUUGAGAAACAACUCUGCAUCUCCUGGGCAAAGGGACAGUGCCCAUAGACCUCCACCAGAGCCUCCCCAAGUGACGACGGCCACUUGGGUCUGCACUAUUUGCAGCUUCUCUAAUCCUAUACCAGUGAACUUUGAUCCUGCGGCGGCGAACGCGCAUACGCCGCUACCGCCAUGCCUUGCAUGUGGAAUCAAGGUUCAAAAUUCUAUGGCAUUGGAUCUCAAGGACAUUGACCGAUAUGACUUCUAUGCCGGGUUUCUGAAGUCGUCACCCAAAAUCACCAUCUUUCCUAAGCCCUUGAAGCGCUCCUCGCUUCAUAAUCGAGCUUUAUCCAAUGCAGCACCUCCUUUGAGAAACAACUCUGCAUCUCCUGGGCAAAGGGACAGUGCCCAUAGACCUCCACCAGAGCCUCCCCAAGUGACGACGGCCACUUGGGUCUGCACUAUUUGCAGCUUCUCUAAUCCUAUACCAGUGAACUUUGAUCCUGCGGCGGCGAACGCGCAUACGCCGCUACCGCAAUGCCUUGCAUGUGGAAUCAAGCCAACAUUGGCACAUGUUCUAAAAGCAGCCAUUAACAACGCCAGUCAACGUCCAACGCCCGUAAUAAACUCUUUUUCUGGCUCAAGUCCGCUCUCGAAUCGACAACAUGAAUCUAAUGCCCUGUUAACAACAUCAAUAAACCCUCGGGAUUCUUUUCAGCAAAGCCACGGGCAAACACUUGGGCAAAACAGGCCAAGUUCCUCGGCCGAUGCUGGGGCAUCCUUUGCGUGUCCGCGGUGCACAUUUUCAAAUCAUCCGUCACUACUUGCCUGUGAGAUUUGUGGCGCGCCACUUUUGUCACAGAAUACCCCUAGCAUUGAAACCGAAUCGCCCACAGUUCGUACGGAGUCCCCGGGUCCUGUCCACGAGGCCCCCAGCAAUGCUCCUUCAGGCAUCGACGUGGCUGAAAGUAUCAAGAUUUCUUUUCGGGGCGGGGGUAUGCAGAUAUUCUAUGAGAGGCUGAAGGGAGCCAUAACACAAAGAAAAUGGUUACUACAGAAUGCUCCUCCGGUUCCUAAAAACGGAAGGAGUGCAGAUCCAAAUACAGUAGCUGGUUCAUCAGAUACAUCGACCAGUAGAACCAAGACUGCGGGUAUUGCAGGCCUGGAACAGUUGGGUCUCAAUAUGCAUAAGAACAACGAAAUUCUGAUUGGCAAUGCGUUUGAAGAUCUUGAGGCGUUGAUGUCGUCAGCAAAGGAAGUCAUUGCUCUCGCAGAACGAUAUGCUCGCCAAACGAAUGGUGCCACUGGCGGAGCUUCAGCCGAGGAAAAUGCCAUCUUGGCAGAAUCCGCAAGCCAACUAGGCUUGGUUACUACAAAGGAUAUUGUUGCUGGCGGAAGUUCUGAGUAUCUAUAUAUAUCUGAACUAUCUCGGAAUCUUGCCGAGUUUCUGGCUGAUGACUCGAGAGGGGUCUUGAAACGAGCCGGAGGCAUCAUCACGCUCGUCGAUUUGUGGGCCAUGUUCAACAGAGCAAGAGGGGGUGUCGAGCUUGUCAGCCCCUUGGACUUUGAGAAAGCUGCACGUUUAUGGGAAAGCCUAAAGCUUCCAGUCCGGCUGCGAACUUUUCGUAGCGGUGUAAUGGUAGUUCAGAGCCACGAUCGAACCGACGACACGACUAUCAAAUCGCUGCUGUCCUGGCUGCAAGAUCUACACGAAUUUCCCCCAGAGCGAGAAGUCACCUGGGAUUGGAGAGAAUUUGGACGUGGUGUCACGGCCCUGGAAACUGCGGAACGAUUUGGUUGGAGCAUUGGUGUUGCCGAGGAGGAGUUACUAAUGGCAGAAGAGCACGGCGCUUUAUGCAGAGAAGAAGGGUUGGAGGGGUUAAAGUUCUGGAAGAAUUACAUAGAUACGGGUGAUGCCCCCCCGCCAAAGAGCAAGGCCAGGCUUGAACAAGAGGCUGUCAUAAAAGCAUUACAGGAUAGCGGAUUCAUAUAG